AAAUGUUAUUAUUCGUUUGGACCGCUGUAACCAUUCAAAAGUUUCUCAAAAAAAACUUAUACAUUUUUAUUAGAAAAUUAUUGUUCAAAAGUUAAUGUUCUUCAUAGUAGGGUCCAUCCCACUUAAAAGGCAUUGAACGUUUCACUUGCAUUCACAAAAAGACAGCUUUGCAAGCUUUUUCUCAGUUAACGUUACACGAAGAAAAAUCCAUUACCAGAUAGAAGAAAAUAUCCCAUCAAAGACAACACAUAUAUAGAAUAAAAAUGUAGAAACGUCUGCAUAUAGGUUAUUCUAAAUUAAUUAGAGAAAUAUGAUCCACGCACAUAUUUACUUAAUUGAAUUCAAUACAAAUAAAAGUUGUGCAUGAGCAUGAUGAUUGUGAUUUGGGCGUGGCUGAACUUGAACCAAGUUUGAUAUUGGUUUGGAGUAAUUUUUUUUUAAUACAAAACGGUAAUGAAGGAAGGAUUUACACAUACUCAACGGGGUUAAAGCAGCACCUUUACAUAAACCACCCGGAAAUGGUGAAGGAGCUUAGCCAAACCAACACACUUAACCUUGGUAGAAUCACUCACAUCACCAAACGCCUUAACCCCAUUCUCGGCAAUGGCAUCAUCACCUCUAAUGGGCCUCAUUGGGCCCAUCAACGUCGUAUCAUUGCCUAUGAGUUUACCCACGACAAAAUCAAGGGAAUGGUUGGUUUAAUGGUGGAAUCUGCCAUGCCAAUGUUGAACAAAUGGGAAGAGAUGGUGAAAAGAGGAGGAGAAAUGGGUUGUGACAUAAGAGUGGACGAAGACCUUAAGGAUGUCUCAGCUGAUGUCAUCGCUAAGGCUUGCUUUGGGAGCUCUUUUUCAAAAGGCAAAGCAAUAUUCUCUAUGAUUAGGGAUCUUUUAACCGCCAUUACUAAACGAAGCGUCCUCUUCAGAUUCAAUGGCUUCACUGAUAUGGUGUUUGGAAGUAAGAAGCAUGGUGAUGUGGAUAUUGAUGCGCUUGAGAUGGAAUUAGAAUCUUCUAUAUGGGAAACGGUUAAGGAGAGGGAAAUUGAAUGUAAGGAUACUCACAAGAAGGAUCUAAUGCAGUUGAUACUCGAGGGAGCGAUGCGAAGCUGCGAUGGUAACUUGUGGGACAAGUCAGCCUAUAGACGGUUUGUGGUGGACAAUUGCAAGAGCAUCUAUUUCGCCGGACAUGAUUCAACCGCAGUCUCAGUGUCUUGGUGCCUUAUGCUCCUCGCUCUCAAUCCUAGUUGGCAGGUUAAAAUUCGCGAUGAAAUCUUGAGUUCUUGCAAGAAUGGCAUUCCCGACGCAGAAUCAAUUCCUAAUCUCAAAACGGUGACAAUGGUAAUACAAGAAACAAUGAGACUAUACCCACCAGCACCAAUCGUGGGAAGAGAAGCAUCCAAAGACAUAAGACUUGGAGACCUUGUGGUGCCAAAAGGAGUGUGCAUUUGGACACUCAUUCCUGCCUUACACCGAGACCCCGAGAUCUGGGGACCAGACGCAAACGACUUCAAGCCAGAGAGGUUUAGUGAGGGAAUCUCUAAGGCUUGCAAAUACCCUCAGUCAUACAUCCCAUUUGGCCUUGGACCAAGAACAUGCGUAGGCAAAAACUUUGGUAUGAUGGAAGUGAAAGUGCUUGUUUCACUUAUUGUCUCAAAGUUCAGUUUUACUCUUUCCCCGACUUAUCAGCACUCUCCAAGCCAUAAACUCCUUGUAGAGCCUCAACAUGGUGUUGUCAUUAGGGUUGUUUGACUGUGUUACGUGAUCCGUAGACUUUUAUAAUGAUUUAAUUUGCUUUGUGUGUU